CGCAUGCGCACAACAACGUAUGCAGAACGACAUUGGACAUCCCUGUCUGCUUGUCACUGUUUGCUUGGAGAGGCGAGAAGGACUUUCUCUUUUUCUCUCUGUCCUUUGCAUGGAUGUUUUGACUCUAGGUCAGAUCUCCACUGGCAGUAACAGAGCACUUCUCUCUGAUUCCUCUAAUGAGGCUCAGCCAGAAGAGUUAGAGCUCUUGACUGGGUUUCAAGGUACGGACACAUUAUCAAUAAACUUCCACUCUCCGUCUGACUAUAGCAGCGAGUCCGGACUAACUUCACCAGGUACGUGUACGCUGAUAGAUGAUGAUUUCUUUGAUGGUUUGUUGAAUUCUGAUGAUCUGCUCCUUUCGUGCAGUACUGAACUUGAGACUCCCCCAGAACCAAAACCUACUCAGUCUCCUGUACCUCUCCCAAGAAAGGAUUCUCCUAAAAAUAACAAUAAGCCUGUUAGCAUGCACGAGCCUAAGGUUCGUGUGUUUCAAGAUGGUCGGAAAUUAAAUGAUGCCGCCGUUGAAAGAAAUCGUAAAAAUGCCAUAGCAGCACGCGCCAAUAGACAGAAGAAGAAAGAGUAUGUAAGUAAACUAGAGGAGCAGGUAGAGUCUCUGUCAGCUGAAAACAAAAGUCUCUUUGAGAGAUGCAGAGGUCUAGAGGGACACGUCUCUGAUCUAAAACAAGAGGUUGUCUACCUCAAAAGUGUGCUUGCUAAUCAAAGUUCUUUGUCAUCAAUACUUAGAGGGUUGCCCGACAUUAAAGGAGUGUCUCUACAGUCUUCUUUCUCCUCCACAGCAGGUAGCAAGAGACAGAGGAGCUCUGGAGCUGAAGAAGUGCCUCUCCAAUUUAAAAAGCUGGUGAAGUAGCCUCUUUAGAACUAUGUUCACACUGCAGUCUAGCAGCUGGAAGAAGAGAAAGACCACCAUUACAGUAAGACUGGAUUUGGUGUUUUAAAUACAAUGACUCGACUUGAAAUUGUAAGACAAUUUCCAAUUUGUUUGUGUUUGUGGUUUGUUUUAACUUGCCUGUAGUUCAUAUUUAAUAAUUCUGUGUUUCGUGUCCCUCCAUCUAAA